GGGAGUUUGGGGGGGGGGGGAGGAUGGGAAAGGAGUGGACGCCUGCUGGGGGGAGCCGGGGUGGAUCCGGGUCAGCGGGCUGGAGGACGGCUCUGCGGACCAUGCUGGCGUGCGGCGUGCUGCUGGUGGCCGGGCGGGGGGGCGUGGAGGCGUGCCCCCCCUGCAGCUGCCUGGGGACCACGGUGGACUGCCACGGCCUGGGGAUCCACUCCGUCCCCCGGGACAUCCCCAGAGGGACCGAGAGGCUCGACCUGAACGGGAACAACCUGACGCUCGUCACCAAGGCCGACUUCUCGGGCCUGAAGCACCUGCGAGUCCUGCAUCUGAUGGAGAACCAGAUCAGUAACGUGGAGAGGGGAGCCUUUGAUGAGCUGAAGGAGCUGGAGAGACUUCGCCUCAACAAGAACCAUCUCAGCCAACUUCCAGAGCUGCUGUUUCAGAAGAACGGAGGCCUGUCUCGACUGGACCUGAGUGAGAACCGCAUCCAGGCGAUCCCGAGGAGAACCUUCAGAGGAGCCGCGGACCUCAAGAACCUUCAGCUGGAUAAGAACCACAUCAGCUGCAUCGAGGAGGGCGCCUUCAGGGCCCUGAGAUCCCUGGAAGUUCUCACGCUGAACAACAACAACAUCAGCAGCAUCCCCGUCUCCAGCUUCAACCACAUGCCCAAGCUGCGCACCUUCCGCCUCCACUCCAACUCCCUGCGCUGCGACUGUCACCUGGCCUGGUUGUCUCCAUGGUUACGGCAGCGGGCGGCGUUGGGCCUCUACACCCAGUGCAGCUCGCCUCCCACGCUGAGGGGCCUCAACCUCGCCGAGCUGCGCAAGAGCGACUUCGCCUGCUCAGGCGGCGGCGCCGGCGGCUCCGCCUUCGUGCAGCCGUGCAGCCUGGCGUCCGGCUCCUGCCCGCCCAUGUGCUCCUGCAGCAACAACAUCGUGGACUGCCGGGGGAGGGGCCUCACCGCCAUCCCCGCCCACCUGCCCGAGGCCAUGAGCGAGAUUCGUUUGGAGCAGAACGGCAUCAAGUCGGUUCCUCCGGGCGCCUUCACCUCCUACAAGAAGCUCCGCCGGAUAGACCUCAGUAACAACCAGAUAUCUGAGAUCGCUCCCGACGCUUUCCACGGCCUCCGAGCCCUCAACUCCCUGGUCCUGUACGGUAAUAAGAUCACGGAGCUGCCCGGCGGCGUGCUGGACGGCCUGGUCUCCCUGGAGCUGCUGUUGCUGAACGCCAACAAGAUCCACUGCAUCCGAGCCGCCGUCUUCAAGGACCUGGAGAACUUGGCUCUUCUGUCGCUCUACGACAACAAGAUCCAGAGUCUGGCCAAAGGCACCUUCAGCUCCCUGCGCAGCAUCCAGACGCUCCACCUGGCCCAGAACCCCUUCGUGUGUGACUGUAAUGUCAAGUGGCUCGCCGACUUCCUCCGGUCCAACCCCAUCGAGACCAGCGGCGCUCGCUGCGCCAGCCCGCGGCGCCUCGCCAACAAGCGCAUCGCUCAGAUCAAGAGCAGCAAGUUCCGCUGCUCCGCCAAGGAGCAGUACCACAUCCCAGGUGCAGGAGACCGGCGUCUGAGCUACGAGUGCAACAUCAAGCCCGUGUGUCCCGCCAAGUGCCGCUGUGAGGCCAACGUGGUGGACUGCUCCAACCUGCGCCUCACCAAGUUCCCCCAGCACCUGCCCCCCUCCACCGAAGAGCUGCGCCUCAACAACAACGACCUCUCGGUGCUGGAGGCCACCGGAGCCUUCAAGGGCCUGACGCAGCUAAAGAAAAUUAACCUGAGCAACAAUAAGAUCUCAGAGAUCGAGGACGGCGCCUUCGAGGGCGCCUCGUCUGCGAUGGAGCUUCACCUGACGGCCAACCACCUGGAGUCCGUGAGAGGCGGCAUGUUCAAAGGCAUGGAGGGUCUCCGCAUGCUGAUGCUGAGGAACAACAAGAUCAGCUGCCUCCAUAACGGCAGCUUCUCGGGUCUGAGCAGCGUGCGGCUGCUCUCCCUCUACGACAACCAGCUGAGCUCCAUCCUGCCCGGCGCCUUCGACACGCUGCCCAACCUGUCCACGCUGAACCUUCUGGCCAACCCGUUUAACUGCGACUGCCGCCUGUCCUGGUUGGGGGCGUGGCUUCGGAGCCGGCGCAUCGUGACGGGGAACCCCCGCUGCCGAGGCCCCGCCUUCCUGCGCGAGAUCCCGCUGCAGGACGUGGCCGUCCCCGACUUCCGCUGCGAGGACGGUUCCGUCCCAGAGGACAGCAGCUGUGCUCCGGGGCCGCAGUGUCCCGCCCAGUGCACCUGCACGGAGACGGUGGUCCGCUGCAGCAACAAACACCUGCAGGCUCUGCCCCGAGGACUCCCCCGCAACGUCACCGAGCUGUAUCUGGAUGGAAACCAGUUCACCAGCGUUCCUCAGGAUUUGGCCACUUUCAAAUACCUGCAGCUCGUCGAUCUGAGCAACAACAAAAUCAGCUCCCUGUCGGAUGACUCCUUCUCCAACAUGAGCCAGCUCACCACCCUGAUCCUCAGCUACAACUCUCUGCGCUGCCUCCCCCCCCUGGCGCUGGGGGGCCUGCGAUCUCUGAGGCUGCUUUCUCUCCAUGGCAACGACAUCUCCGAGCUGCAGCGGGGCAUCUUCAGCGACGUGGCCUCCCUGUCUCACCUAGCGAUCGGAGCCAACCCCCUGUACUGUGACUGCCGCCUGCGCUGGCUGUCCGACUGGGUGAAGAGCGGCUACAAGGAGCCGGGCAUCGCGCGCUGCGCCGGGCCGCCCCCCCUGGAGGGCAAGCUGCUGCUCACCACGCCCGCCGACCACUUCCUGUGUCAGGGUCCGGUGGAGGCGUCCGUGCAGGCUAAAUGCAGCCCGUGUGUCACGUCUCCCUGCCAGAACCAGGGCGUGUGUCAGGUCCACCCCACCGAGCCGUACACCUGUGCCUGCAAGUCCGGCUUCACGGGUAAACACUGCGAGACUCCAGUCGACGCUUGUGUCAGUAACCCGUGCACCAACGGAGGAAUCUGCAUCAGUGACGAGCAGACGAGAGGAUUCAGCUGCGCGUGUGCGUUCGGCUUCCACGGCACCUUCUGCGAGGUGAACGUGGACGACUGUCAGGACCACGGGUGCGAGAACGGCGCCACCUGCGUGGACGGCGUGGGCAACUACACCUGCCUGUGUCCACCUGACCACACAGGUCUGCUGUGUGAGGAAGAGGAGGGCGUGUGUUCUCCAGGUAGAAACCCCUGUCAGCAUCAGUCCACCUGCAUCAGCACCCCUACCAGCGCCAGGUGUGUGUGCAUUCCGGGCUGGGUGGGGCCUGACUGCAGUAUAGAUUAUAACGAGUGUGUGGAUCACCGCUGUAAGAACGGAGCCCAGUGCGUCGACCACCUGGACGGGUACAGCUGCGUCUGUACGCAGGGAUACAGCGGCGAGUUCUGCGAGGAGCCCCUCCCCCCGCCGUCGCUCUGCCAGCCGGCGGCGUGUGAGAACGGCGCCCCCUGCGUGCAGGAGGGCGGCGCGGCGCUCUGCCGCUGCCUGCCCGGCUUCGAGGGUCGCCGCUGUGAGAAGCUGGUCGGCGUCAACUUCGUGGACGGCGACUCCUACGUCCAGCUCCAAGACGUCAGGAACUGGCCUCAGGCCAACAUCACCCUGCAGGUGUCAACAGCAGAGGAAAACGGCAUCUUGCUCUACAACGGAGACAACGAGCCGAUCGCCGUGGCGCUGCAUCAGGGUCACGUCAGGGUCACGUAUGACCCCGGUAACCAGCCUGCCACGGAUAUCUACAGCACAGAGACGGUGAACGACGGGCAGUUUCACACGGUGGAGCUGGUGACCUUUGACCGGAUGGUGAACCUGUCCGUGGACGGAGGAGAGCCCACGACCUUGGACAGUCAAGGUCGCAGCCGGUCGGGGGAGGCGCCGCUGUACGUGGGAGGGAUGCCCGAGGCGGCCGUGGGCGCCUCGUCGGGUUUCUCCUCGCCGACGCUCAACGUGUCCAGUUUCCACGGCUGCAUCAGGAACCUCUACAUCAACCACGAGCUGCAGGACUUCACCCGCGGCCACAUGAAGCCGGGGGUGGAGCCGGGCUGCCAGGCCUGCCGCGAGCUGCACUGCCUGCACGGCGUCUGCCAGCCCAGCGGCGCCCAGGGCCCCCGGUGUCACUGCCAGUCGGGCUGGACGGGGCGACGCUGCGACCAGCCCACCGCAGCGGAUGAUGUCACCGCGGCAACCGCCCUCAACCCGUGUGACGGCAACAAGUGUGCGAACGGCGCGUGCGUGGCGCUGGACGCGCAGACGUACCGCUGCGACUGCGAUGCGGGGUACCGCGGCGCGCUGUGCAGCCUGCGGGGGGCGGAGACGCAGGCCUCGUGCCGGGGGGGGCGCUGUGGGCGUGGCCAGUGCCAGCAGACGGAGGACGGAGAGCGCUGCGUCUGUGAGCCGGGAUUCACCGGGGAGGGCUGCGACAUAGAGCCCCCGUGUCGAGGCGAGGCGGUGAGAGACUACCACCGCCUGCAGCGCGGCGCCGUGCUGUGCCAGACGGCCAAGCCCUUCUCCUGGGUGGAGUGCAGGGGGCGGUGCCGGGCGGGGGCCCAGCCGCCCGCCGGCCCCGCCCCCUGCUGCGCCCCCCUGAGGGUCCGCCGACGCCGCCUCUCCUUCGAAUGCGACGACGGGACCUCGUUCACGCAGGACGUGGAGAAGCCUGUGGAAUGUGGCUGCAAGGAGUGUGUGUAGACGCAACGUGCGCACACACACACACACACGCGCGCUAUGCUAAGCUAAAGAGCCACACACACUGUAGGGAUUCGCUCACUGACGUUUUGUUAGGUGUGAAUAUGCAGUUAGUAAGUCCACGUUCACGCUCCUCUUCACGCCUUCAGUCCAUCGUUGUUUAAGGCUCGGAACGAAACGUCCUGAAACAAAAGCAGUGGUUUUCGUAGUUUCUCGGCUGAUCUCCGCGAGUCGGAUCAAAACAUCCCGUCGCCAUGGCGCCCGGAUUCUGCUCCUUUAACCCUCCACAAAGGACCUUAUGUCUGAUGUUGGACUUCUAAAUUUGGAGAGGGGGGGUGGGGGACAGGUCCCCAUCGCUGCUCCCUGGGCGUCCUUUAGUCCCCGUUCAGACUGGUGUGUGUUAGUGUGUGUGUGUGUUUUGUAUUUCUAUCUUUGUGAGGACCAGUGUUUGUAGACCUUGAGAAAGAUUUUUCAUCCCCUUCUCAUUUCUUCAAAAGUCUGUUUUAAGGGUUUAAACAUGUUUUUUUUAAUAUUUGAGAUCAUGGUACUGAGCAAGAUGUCUACUACGACCACAUGAAGGUUGUAAAAAAAAGACUUUCACUUUUGUUACUGAUUUCACACCACUUGAUGUCCCCACAAUGACCCACGUAGCUGCUGUGGUGUCCUCACAAGUAUAGUAGCACAGUGUGUGUGUGUGUGUGUGGGGGGGGGUCACUAUAACGAGCUUCAUCACGUGCUUCCUUCUCCGACAGCCAGUGAACGCAUCGCGGAGAUGCCACACAGAAAAGGUAGCUUUUAUAUAUGAUGACAUUUUAUUUAUAUGGAUGUGAAAACUAAAAUAAAAAUGUGUGCUAUUUUGUUUUAACAUGUUUUAAUUGUAACGAGUCUUGAAUCAGAUUCAAAUUAACGUAGCUUUAUUAUUCUGAGUGAAAUACAGUAACAACCUAACAGAUUGUAAUAUAUAUUAUGAGCUUGUGUAUUUUUCUAUGUUGGAGAGGACGUUUCAUCUGUAAAUCUUUGUGUUCAUUUACCAAAAAAAGUGUUUCCAAACCAACAUUGCGUCAUUGAAAAAAAUAAAAAGAUAAAAAAAUA